UCAUGGUUUGAUUGUUCGUCUGAGUUAUGAAUUGUAAUGGAACACAAUGUGGAUAGCUUUGUUACUGUUACUUUUUAUCCUCCCAGCUUUGAGGGCUGCACGUGACACCCAUAACUCUUUUUCUUGUUGCCAUUCGCUACGCUUCCUCUUCUAUGGAUAUUGCUAUCCAAUGAAAUAAAUGAGUGACCCAGAAAAAGUUUCCUCAUAGCACGGUAAUAACCCUUCAUUAGAAUUUGUUAAGCAACAUAAGUUUGGAUUUUUCCUCUCUUAAAUUUGUACCCAAAAAGGAAAGUCAGAGUUGAAGGUGGUGAUGAUGCAGAUCGUGAUCAGAAGCCGUAAAAGCUGCGUAUUGCUAUUUUUGGGUGCAAUCAUCAAUUCUGUAUUUACCAAUUUAGAAACCAAUCCAUUCUUUAAUAGUAGCAAUAUUAUAAUAUAUUAUUAUAAUGAUUGAAUAAUAAUAAAUAUAAGUAAGCUCCAUAAAGAAAGAGAGAGAGAGAGAGUAGUAUUAAAUUAUUAUAUCAUUGCUAUUAUGGCAUGGCAGUAUCUACUGUGUCUCAGUUGUAACUGCUGAGUUCUGUUCUGUCUAAGUCGUGAGCUUGGAGGGGUUCCUACUUUCAAGUUUCAACUUUUGCCGAGUUCCAAUCCCAAAGAUUUUGUGCUUCAUCACAAUCAGUCAUAUAGAUGCAGCUGUAACAAAAAGUGGCAAGCUGGGAUUUUUAUUCCCAAGCUGCUUCUGCUUCUGUUAAAACCUUCUCUCUGUUCAUUGGUUGGAAUCAGAAUUUUCCUUGCAAGUAGAGGUGACAAUGUCCUCCUCAAGGCCUAGCCAAUCAUCCAGCAACAAUUCUGGCAGAUCAUCAAGGCACAGUGCUAGGGUUAUUGCUCAGACAACUUUAGAUGCAAAACUGCAUGCAACUUUCGAGGAAUCAGGUAGCUCUUUUGACUACUCCAAUUCUGUGAGAUUGUCUCCUGGUACAGGCACUGCCAGUGGAGACAAUCAACCAAGGUCUGAUAAAGUAACAACUGCUUAUCUUCAUCAGAUUCAGAAAAGCAAGCUUAUCCAGCCAUUUGGGUGCUUGCUAGCAUUAGAUGAGAAAACAUGUAAGGUCAUUGCUUACAGUGAGAAUGCACCUGAAAUGCUCACUAUGGUUAGUCAUGCUGUGCCAAGUGUUGGAGACCACCCUGCCCUUGGCAUUGGCACUGACAUAAGAACUAUUUUCACUGCCCCAAGUGCUGCAGCUAUUCAGAAGGCACUAGGUUUUGGAGAGGUUUCACUUCUUAACCCCAUUCUAGUCCAUUGCAAGACCUCUGGGAAGCCCUUUUAUGCAAUUGUCCAUCGUGUUACCGGAAGCGUUAUCAUUGAUUUUGAGCCUGUCAAGCCUCAUGAAGUUCCCAUGACUGCAGCAGGUGCCCUGCAAUCCUACAAGCUUGCAGCAAAAGCAAUAACUAGGUUGCAAUCUUUGCCUAGUGGGAGCUUGGAAACACUGUGUGACACAAUGGUUCAAGAAGUUUUUGAACUCACAGGCUAUGACAGGGUAAUGGCUUAUAAAUUUCAUGAUGAUGAUCACGGUGAAGUGAUUGCUGAGGUGAAAAGGCCAGGCCUAGAGCCAUAUCUGGGGUUGCACUACCCAGCCACUGAUAUUCCCCAAGUUACACGCUUUUUGUUUAUGAAGAAUAAGGUGCGUAUGAUAGUUGAUUGUCGUGCAAAGCAUGUUAAGGUGCUUCAGGACAAAAAGAUUCCAUUUGAUUUAACCUUGUGUGGAUCAACCUUGAGGGCUGCUCACAGUUGCCACUUGCAAUACAUGGAGAAUAUGAAAUCUAGUGCUUCCUUGGUUAUGGCAGUUGUGGUCAAUGACAAUGAUGAAGAUGGGGAUAGUGGCUCUGAUGCUGUUCAGCCACAGAAGAGAAAGAGACUCUGGGGUUUAGUGGUUUGCCAUCACACUACUCCCAGGUUUGUUCCUUUCCCUCUUAGGUAUGCUUGUGAAUUCCUGGCUCAAGUAUUUGCCAUCCAUGUGAACAAAGAACUUGAGAUAGAGUAUCAGAUUGUUGAGAAGAACAUCCUGAGGACUCAAACACUCUUGUGUGACAUGCUGAUGCGAGAUGCGCCCCUAGGCAUAGUGUCACAGAGUCCUAACAUAAUGGAUCUUGUUAAGUGUGAUGGAGCAGCCUUGUUGUACAAAAACAAGGUAUGGAGAUUAGGGGUAACACCAAGUGAAUCUCAGAUAAGAGAGAUAGCAUUGUGGCUCUCUGAGUUCCAUAGGGAUUCCACAGGUUUGAGUACAGAUAGCUUGUCUGAUGCAGGCUUCCCAGGGGCUGCUGCACUUGGUGAUAUUGCUUGUGGAAUGGCAGCUGUCAGAAUAGCUUCCAAAGAUAUAGUGUUCUGGUUUCGGUCUCGCACUGCGGCUGAAAUCCGAUGGGGUGGUGCAAAGCAUGAGCCUGGUGAAAAGGAUGAUGGUAGGAGGAUGCAUCCAAGAUCAUCAUUCAAGGCUUUCCUUGAAGUUGUGAAGACUAGGAGCUUGCCCUGGAAGGACUAUGAAAUGGAUGCCAUUCAUUCAUUGCAGUUAAUUUUGAGAAAUGCAUUCAAAGAGACAGAGAGUAUGGAGAUAAGCACAUAUGCUAUCAAUACAAGACUAGGUGAUUUGAAGAUUGAAGGGAUGCAAGAGCUGGAAGCAGUGACAAGUGAGAUGGUGAGGUUAAUUGAAACAGCAACGGUGCCAAUUCUGGCAGUUGAUGUUAAUGGGAUGGUCAAUGGAUGGAAUACAAAAAUUGCUGAGUUGACAGGUCUUCCAGUUGAGAAAGCUAUUGGGAAGCAUUUACUCAUGCUUGUUGAGGAUUUUUCUGUAGAUAGAGUCAAGAAGAUGUUGGACAUGGCACUCCAGGGUGAGGAAGAGAAAAAUGUCCAAUUUGAGAUCAAAACACAUGACUUGAAGAUUGAUUCUGGUCCUAUAAGCUUGGUCGUUAAUGCUUGUGCAAGCAGGGAUCUUCAAGACAAUGUUGUGGGUGUUUGUUUCGUGGCACAAGAUAUAACUGCUCAGAAGACAGUGAUGGACAAAUUCACCCGAAUUGAAGGUGAUUACAAGGCAAUUGUACAGAAUCCAAAUCCAUUGAUCCCUCCAAUAUUUGGUACAGAUGAAUUUGGCUGGUGUUGUGAAUGGAACUCAGCUAUGAUAAAAUUAACUGGAUGGAAACGAGAAGAGGUGAUGGAUAAAAUGCUUUUAGGAGAGGUUUUUGGGACCCAAAUAGCUUCUUGUCGUCUAAGGAACCAAGAAGCUGUUGUUAAUUUUAGCAUUGUACUUAACAAAGCCAUGGCUGGUUUGGAAACAGAGAAGGUUCCCUUUGGUUUCUAUACUCGUGAGGGGAAGUAUGUAGAAUGUCUUCUUUCUGUGAGUAAGAAAUUGGAUGCAGAGGGCGUAGUUACUGGGGUAUUCUGCUUCUUGCAAUUAGCUAGUCCAGAACUGCAACAGGCGUUACACAUUCAGCACCUAUCUGAACAAACUGCAUUGAAGAGACUGAAAGAUUUAACUUAUUUGAAGAGGCAAAUCCGGAAUCCUCUAUAUGGGAUUAUAUUCACCCGAAAAUUGUUAGAGGGUACUGAGUUGGGAGCUGAACAAAAUCAAUUUCUGCAAACGGGCACUAGGUGUCAACACCAGCUCAGUAAAAUUCUGGAUGACUCAGAUCUUGACAGCAUCAUUGAUGGUUACCUGGAUUUGGAGAUGGUUGAAUUUACUAUGCAUGAAGUUUUGGUUGCCUCCCUAAGUCAAGUGAUGACAAAGAGUAAUGCAAAGGGUAUCCCUGUAGUCAACCAUGUUGAAGAUCAUAUUACAACAGAAACCUUAUAUGGUGAUAGUCUCAGGCUUCAGCAGGUCUUAGCUGACUUUUUAUCGAUUUCCAUCGAUUUCACACCAAGCGGAGGUCAGGUUGUUGUAGCAGCCUCAUUAACCAAACAGCAGUUAGGGAAACUAGUCCAUCUCGCUUAUUUGGAACUCAGCAUAACACAUGAUGGUUUUGGGGUUCCAGAAACAUUGCUGAACCAGAUGUUUGGACGUGAUGGAAAUGAAUCUGAAGAGGGUAUUAGCAUGCUGAUUAGCAGAAAACUGCUAAAGCUGAUGAAUGGAGACGUACGUUAUAUAAGAGAAGCGGGAAAAUCAUCUUUCAUCUUAACUGUUGAACUUGCCGUAGCCCAUAAUUCCAGGGCUUGAAACUGGAAAUAAAAUCAAACCACCUUUUUUGUACAUCAGAAUGUGAAGGAAGCGACAAAUUUGCAUUCCUUGUUCAAUAUUUAACUCUAUUUUUUCUUUCUUUUUUUUCUGGGCACGUUUCUGUACCUUCAUGCAAGGUGUUGUAGAUAUGUAUAACUAACUAUUCACACACUCUAUUGACCUGUUCUCAUCUACAGGCUACAGCAAUUAUGCUUCAUUUGCAACGAAAUGAAACAUAGGAACUAACUAAACUAGGAGCAUGUUAAAUGACA